CUGGGAGAUAAAACGAGCGCGCUUUUAGUCAACUGCUAAUGACCAACGUCUUUCUGGAAGAUGUGUCAUAGAUUGUGUAUAAAAAGCUAAAACCUCAACUGACUGUCGCAACAGUGGAAUCGCUGGCAAGUUAUUACACACGUGUUACCCUCGCCAAGAGGUCGUGAAAGGACUCUGGAGAUUUGAGUGCGGUUUGGUUGCAGCGCUCGGUAAACGCGUCUCUAGCCUGGGUCUGUCCCCGGCAUGAAGAGGAAAGCUGAAGCUAUGAGUACAUCUCAGAGCUCGGAUAUCGCUUCAAGACACGAAGAGGUCCCGUCUGCAGGACCACCAGCCUCGCUUUCACAGGAAUCUGUCUUCCCUGUUCCUCUGGAGAUCCUGGAGGAGAUCUUACUGAACCUCCCUCCUGAUCAGGUGGUCUGUGUGUGUCGGUUAGUGUGCCGUCAGUGGAAAGAAGUGGCUGACAGUGAGUCCUUGUGGAGAGAGAGGUGCAGAAGAGAAAGGUACCGCCUCCGCGAUGCUGCCAAGACACCCGACGACUGGAGGUUGUUUUACUUCAUGUGCAAGAAGAGAAGAAAUCUGCUCAAGAACCCAAGAGCAGAACAUAAAAUGAAGAAUUGGCAAAUACUGGAGAAUGGUGGCGAUCAAUGGAAGACAGAGGGAGUUAUGGUGCCACAUCCGAAUGACACCGUCCAGAAAAAUUUUGUGACGUCUUACGGAAUGUGCAAGAAAUCGCAGCUGAUCGAUCUGGCAUCAGAAGGUUACAACCCAUCGUUUAUGGAUCACUUCCAGCCAGACAUCAAAAUAUCUGAUUGGUACGCCCCACGAUGGGACUGUGGCAGUGAAUAUGAGAUCCACGUAGAGUUGCUGAACCAAAGGAAGAAACCUGUCCAGACCUUCCAGCCGGAGACGAUCAUCUUCGAGCAGUGGAACGAUCAGAAAUGGAAUCAGAUGACCCAUGUGUUCCAGAACUACGGCCCUGGAGUGAGAUACAUCUGUUUCACCCACGGAGGCAAAGACACACUGUGCUGGGCAGGAUGGUACGGAAUUCGUGUUACCGACAGCUGUGUUGAGAUAUGUCCAGCAGUCGACACGUAGCUCUUCGGGAUUCAACCAAUGCCCGCUUCCUGCCUUUAAUUGCAAAAUUGCACCAGGUCUUAUUUGCCUUAUGUAACCUGCAGUCAUUUUACAUGUUAGAUAAAUGUUUAUGAAUACAUACCACAUAUGCAUCAUUUUCUUUAUUACAUUUAAAUAUCCCAAUGUCGCACCUGAAGAAGAUGUAUUAAUAGCAGCAUAGCAUACUCUGGUCCAAUAAAGGUCAUGAGUUAGAGCGCAUACCUCCACCAAGGCCCAGCAGUCCCCCUGAAUUCAAUUAACAGAAAUAUUAUUUGUUACUCCCCAAGCCUGAUUAACAUUACUUGCAACUUUACAGUUAAGUUUUGCCUAAUAUAUGGUUUAUAAAGCAGUUUAUUCUGUCAACAGUGAAAUAACCAUCAACUUAAGUUUUAUUGACUAUAAAUUUGCUAUUUCUGAAUGGUGGUUUAAUACAUUUACAUUACUUUUAAUUAUUAAUGCAUUUCCCUGCAUGUAAAUGAAAAUGUGGCAGACAGGACAGGUAGUGAUCCACUUUCACACUCUUGACAGUGAGGUUAAUUGUUUUACCAAAGAGCCAUCACGGCCCCUGAGAACACAGUGCAGUUUGUCACUUUAAGAAAACAGCCAUAUCACACUCAGUGUUAGUGCAACGUCACAGUAACAUUCACUUGAGCCUGAAUUAAAUCAUUCAAGUGUUGUCAUUCACCAGCUACUCAUGGAAAGACAGCAUUGUCCUGUACAGUAUGAGAGCUUAAAAUGAAGUGCUCUCAGUUUAUGUUUGUUUGUCAUGGAGGCGUGAUAAUAACAUGCGAUGUGAAGUCAUCGUAGUGCUGUGAUGUCAUUAUUCUGAACAUCUGCGACCAGAACUAAUGCAACAUGGGAAGGAUUCUGUCAAUAAAUGCUAUUGUUAAACUAUGGCACUACUGUAACUGACAAAAACAGCAUGAAGGGGAAUAUUGUUUGCACUGCUGUCCAUAAUGUAAACGUUGUGAUGACGAAGAAGUGUAGUCAUUGUACCUGUCCUUUUUUUUGUUGUCGUUGAAGAAUCUGUUGUAUUUUGUAAUUCCAUCAAAUCAGACGUAGUUUUUCUUUUCUUUUUUAAAGGUGGGUUUAUUCAUAAUACUGGUUUAUUGUUAUGCAAGAUACAGUACAACUUUGAUGUCAAUUUCAAUAAAAAUCCAAGAAACUU